CGCUGACGUAAUUUAGAUAGUGAAAAAACUGCUUUCUAUCGUGUGUCUCAUAACUAGUGUUGUUUUAAUCGCCAUCAUGAAACUGUUCAAAAAUAUCAUUGCUUUUACAAUUUCCCUGUUAUGUAGUGUCAAUUAUGUAUCAGCAAUAUUCUGCUAUGACUGCAACAGUGCCUUCGAUCCAAGGUGUGGAGAGAAUUUCGACCACUUCAAUUUAGGUGUCGUUAAUUGCUCCCUCAAAGAUCCCUUGGAAUUGGAUCAUAUUCCCCCUGUUGAUGCUACUUUUUGUAGGACCAUAAAGAUGGAAAUUUAUGGAAAAGUCAGAAUUGUCCGAAAAUGCGGAUAUCUCAAAGAUGAAUUCAAAAUGAACGCAUGCAAAAAACAAACGGGCACAGGCGAGCUUUUCGUCACCUAUUGCUCGUGCAACACAGAUCUUUGUAACAGCGCUAAAGGAAACAGCCAAGAGAUGACGCUGAUAUCAAUUGUUGCGAUAUUUAGCGUUUUAACUGUUAUUAGAAAUUUUAUAUAAGUAAUUUACUAUUUUUAGGCCAUAUAAAACACGAAUGCUAGUCAUAGACAAUAUUUUUGUGUGAUAUAUUGUUAUUGGAACAACUGCCAAGUUAUUCUAAUGUAUUGUCAGUACUUAUUGUUAAGUAGCCAAUAAAAAGUAUGAAAUAAAAAUAUUCAUGACACACAUUUGUGUGUCAUGAAUAUUAGGUAGGUACCGAUUUAAGAGACAAUAACAUUCAAUUUAUUUCUGAAACAGGUAAAUUGGAACUGAUAUGCAAUAUGUACUCAUUACGUUUUUCACAAAGGAUUAUAAACAUUUUAUACUAAGCGGAAGAAUGUUAAGAUUAAAUUAUUAUGAUAUUAAAUAACAGCAGUUAUUUGGGUUAACAAACCUGGAUUGGCUCCGUCACGGAAGACUUUUGGUAGAUUUCUAUAUGAUAAGAAAUAUUGUAUGUGCGCCAUUUCAUGAUGAGCUGUGACAAGAUCCUUCAUGUCUGGGUGUGUACACAUUUUAAUCCUGUAAUAAAAUUAUUGCCAUUUAUUUUUAUAAAUACAAGUGCGUCCAAACAAAACCGGACACAAUUAUAUUAUGCCAUGUGUUAAAAGGAGAAGAUAUAUAAAUGUGACAAUGACUCCUUAUUUUUUCUAACAAUAAAUAAAAAGCUCUAUAGCGGCUCUAUUUUUUGUUAAGUUAUAGAAUACAACCUAAGAAUACAACAUUUUAAAUGUAUAUUUCAUUGUACAGAAUGUGAAUGAAUUGUAUAAAAACGAAUUACUUAUGUUAUUAACAUAUUGAUCAUGUUUUCUUAUAUGACUUUAAGCGUAGCAUAAAGAGCCAAUAAAGUACCUAUAAUCGUGUCUAUUACAAAAGUCCCAAGCAGAAGGCUGGCAGUGUAUCUGCCUGUCCGCAGGCUGCUCGAAGACACUGAGGGCCCAGAAAUCUUGCGGCAUUGCAGACAUGUUCAUAGACACGUAGAAUUCCUCAGCCAGUUGAAAUAUUGUGAGUGGAGUGAAACCCUGGAAUGUGAAAAUUGUUUUAAGUAUUAAAGAUACAUACGUUGAUU